GGCGGGGCCAAGGGCGGAAGUGGGUGUGGCAGGGACGGAAGCCGAAAGGGCACGCUCCCUGAGACAAAACACUGGAAGUGUGAGCCCAGAAUCGCAGGGAUGAUCCCUCCGCAGGAGGCGUCCGCCCGGCGGCGAGAGAUAGAGGACAAGCUGAAGCAGGAGGAGGAGACACUGUCCUUCAUCCGAGACAGCCUGGAGAAGAGCGACCAGCUCACCAAGAACAUGGUGUCUAUCCUGUCAUCCUUUGAGAGCCGCCUCAUGAAGCUGGAGAACUCCAUCAUCCCCGUGCACAAGCAGACAGAGAACCUGCAGCGGCUGCAGGAGAAUGUUGAAAAAACUCUGUCCUGCCUGGACCACGUCAUCAGUUACUACCAUGUGGCCACUGACACUGAGAAGAUCAUCAAAGAGGGUCCCACAGGUAGGCUGGAAGAAUACCUGGGAAGCAUGGCCAAGAUUCAGAAGGCUGUGGAGUACUUCCAGGACAAUAGCCCAGACAGCCCAGAGCUCAACAAAGUGAAGCUGCUGUUUGAGCGGGGGAAGGAAUCUCUGGAGUCCGAGUUCCGCAGCCUGAUGACCAGGCACAGCAAGGUCGUCUCCCCUGUGCUCAUCCUGGAUCUGAUCAGCGGCGAGGACGAGCUGGAGGUCCAGGAGGAGGUGCCUCUGGAGCACCUGCCCGAGGGCGUGCUCCUGGACGUGAUCCGCAUCUCCCGCUGGCUGGUGGAAUAUGGCCACAACCAAGAUUUCAUGAACGUCUACUACCAGAUUCGCUCCAGCCAGCUGGACCGCUCCAUCCGAGGUCUGAAGGAGCAUUUCCGGAAGAGCAGUUCUUCCUCCGGGGUCCCCUACUCCCCUGCUGUCCCCAAUAAGAGAAAGGAUACACCCACUAAGAAGCCCGUCAAGCGGCCAGGGACGAUCCGGAAGGCUCAGAACCUUCUGAAACAGUAUUCCCAGCAUGGUCUAGAUGGGAAAAAGGGGGGCUCUAACCUCAUUCCUCUGGAAGGUCACGCGCAUGAUUUCCGAGUUAAGCACCUGUCCGAGGCCCUGAACGACAAGCACGGGCCGCUGGCUGGGAGAGACGACAUGCUGGACGUGGAGACCGACGCCUACAUCCACUGCGUCAGUGCCUUCGUCAAGCUGGCCCAGAGCGAGUACCAGCUGCUGACGGAAGUCAUCCCCGAGCACCAUCAGAAGAAGACCUUCGACUCCCUGAUACAGGAUGCGCUGGACGGGCUGAUGAUCGAGGGGGAGAACAUCGUGUCCGCCGCCCGGAAGGCCAUCGUGAGACACGACUUCUCUGCGGUGCUCACCGUCUUCCCCAUCCUGCGGCACCUCAAGCAGACCAAGCCCGAGUUUGACCAGGUGCUCCAGGGAACGGCCGCCAGCACCAAGAACAAGCUGCCGGGCCUCAUCACCUCCAUGGAGACCGUAGGCGCUAAAGCGCUGGAGGACUUCGCCGACAACAUCAAGAAUGACCCGGACAAGGAAUACAACAUGCCCAAGGAUGGCACUGUGCACGAGCUCACAAGCAACGCCAUCCUCUUCCUGCAGCAGCUCCUGGACUUCCAGGAGACGGCGGGCGCCAUGCUGGCCUCCCAAGAGACUAGUUCUUCAGCCACCAGCUACAGCUCCGAGUUCAGCAAGCGCCUCCUGAGCACCUACAUCUGUAAAGUCCUGGGCAACCUGCAGUUGAACUUGCUGAGCAAGUCCAAGGUGUACGAGGACCCCGCUCUGAGCGCCAUCUUCCUGCACAACAACUACAACUACAUCCUCAAGGCCCUGGAGAAGUCCGAGCUGAUCCAGCUGGUGGCUGUGACCCAGAAGACUGCCGAGCGCUCCUACCGGGAGCAUAUCGAGCAGCAGAUCCAGACCUACCAGCGCAGUUGGUUAAAGGUGACUGACUACAUCGCUGAGAAGAAUCUACCUAUGUUCCAACCGGGAGUCAAGCUCCGGGACAAGGAGCGGCAGAUGAUCAAGGAGCGGUUUAAGGGCUUCAAUGAUGGCCUUGAAGAAUUGUGCAAGAUCCAGAAGGCCUGGGCUAUUCCCGACACAGAGCAGAGGGACAAGAUUCGCCAGGCUCAGAAACACAUGGUCAAGGAGACCUACGGGGCCUUCCUGCACAGGUACAGCAGCGUGCCCUUCACCAAGAACCCUGAGAAGUACAUCAAAUACCGCGUGGAGCAGGUGGGAGACAUGAUAGACCGCCUCUUCGACACGUCCGCCUAAGCCUGCCACUGUCCCUGCCCGGUUGCACCAGACCGGCCAUGUCAUUGGACACAUAAACCAGUGUUCACUUGCCUCUGGGCUGGCCCCCACUCCACACCAAACCAGCACACUCCUGGGCACUGGGCUUCCUGCACACCUUGAGUUUUACGUCCCUGACUGCACCUGCAGGGGACAUGUGAUGGCUUCAAGACAGGGAAGGCCAGAGAAGGAAGACACAGGCCUGAGCUCACAGCUGCCUCGUGUGCACAGGAGCAGGAGGGCACAGCCACUCCUCCACCAGCCCAGUUCAGAGCUGGGGGUGGAGCCCCCCACUUCAGCCCAAACGCACAGGGGGGCUCAAAGGAGCAGGCUGACCACAGCCAGAGGCCUGGAGCAAAAGCAAGCAGGAUGGACCUGCUCUCGCAUUUAGUGCAGAGGGCGCAUUCCCCAUCAUCCGCGUCCUGAGGGCUGGGGGUGUUCUGUCCCCAGCUGGCCGGAGCAGGAGUGCUCUCCCUCCAUGCCCUCAAGGGCCCAGCACACCUCAAGAAUGCAGAGCCGUUCUGAUCACUCUCUGCAGCCUGACUCUUGGGCCCCGCCUCCUGGUCCCCAGUGCCUGCUGGCCCAGGGCCAAGCAGCAGUGGUUGCAUAGGAGCAGUUCAGCUGUGGGUGCGGGGUGGGAGACUGGUGGCCACUGCUGAGAAGUUCAGGAGUGGAGUGAGGGUCGGGGUGUGAGGUGGGGCCCCACCUCCAUCGGACAAGAGUGAACAGCUGAGCUCAAUGAAAAUGAAGGCAGACCCUUGGGUGCACUUGA